GAUGAAAAUGGCGGUGGGGAGAGAUCAACGCGAGAAUUAAACACACAAAUGACCAUUUGAUUUGGAUGACAGCAGCACUGCAGCUCCGGGAGAGAAUAAAGAAGCAGCUUAUCAAGUGCAUUUACGACAACAAGCACCCGGAGUUUAACAGAGAAAAACUGUGUCCUGGAUUUAAAAUAGCUCCUGAAAUUAGCCCGCUAACCUCGUUAGCUUAGCUAGCCUUCAACUGGAAGGUUUAACGGACACCAUAGCACCACGCUAACGGAAUUAUUAUGUCAGAAAAAGAUGAACUGCGCUUUUCUCCAGUUACCUCUCAAAUGCAAGCUCAGUCGUUGGCGCUGGGCUUGUAGAAAUAUUUGCAUCUGACUGAAUGCAUAACUAAUCGCUCCGUCUGGCAGUAUUAGCCAGCAAACACCAUCCUCCAAGCCUUCUCAAAGUUCAGCGAGCAUCUGUAAGAGGAGAACGGAAUAAACAGGUUGCAUUGAGUGCCCAUUUCCUCCUGCCUCCCCUAGUGGGAUGGUUCUGCAUGACAAGGGAGGGUACGGUUCUGUAGGCUACCCCCUCUCUGUCCUUCAGUUCCCGUCCCGUAAACCCAGUGGACCACAGCCAUAGUGUUCCCUUCAAUGAAGAUCCCUCUGGAGCCCUAGAUCAAGUUACAUUGGGUGUCCAUUCUGUGCUGCCUCCCCCCGGUGGGAUGGUUCUGCAUGACAGGGAGGGUGUGGCGCCGUAGCCCCCUCUCCUUGAGAUCUCUCCCACCCCAUAAACCCAGUGGACCACAGCCAUAGUGUUCCUCUCAAUGAGCAUCCCUCUGGAGCCCUAGAUCAAGUGUGCAUAUGCUGAAAAUGAGUGCUGCAGGGGAGAAUGCCCUUGACCCCAACACCCCAGAGUCACGGAAGAGGAAGGGCUCUCCAUGCGAUACCUCUGGUCCCAGUGUGGAGAAGCGACGGCGUGAGCUGGAAUGCCGCUACAUUGAUGAACUGGCUGAGUUACUGUCGGCCAACAUGAGCGACAUUGCCAGCUUGAACGUGAAGCCGGACAAAUGCCACAUCUUAAAGAGCACCGUGGACCAGAUCCAGCAGAUCAAACGGCGUGAGCAGGAAAAAGCAGCUCUGAUGUCUCCAGAUGAUGAAGUGCAAAAGAGUGACAUAUCGUCCAGCAGUCAGGGCAUGGUGGAGAAGGAAGCCCUCGGGCCACUUCUCUUGGAGGCUCUGGAUGGCUUCUUUUUCGUUGUGAACCGCGAGGGGCGCAUUGUAUUUGUGUCUGAGAACGUCACCGGUUAUCUGGGUUAUACCCAGGAAGAGCUGAUGACCUCCAGCGUCUACAGCAUCCUUCAUGUGGGUGAUCACAACGAGUUUGUGCGCAACCUCCUACCUAAGAGCCUUGUAAACGGUGUGCCAUGGCCUCAGGAGCAAGGCCGAAGGAACAGCCACACGUUUAACUGCAGGUUGCUGAAAAGGCCUCCAGACGAGGUGGACACGGAGAACCAGGAGGCCCGUCAACAAUAUGAGCUCAUGCAGUGCUUCACGGUCUCUCAGCCCAGAGCGGUGCAGGAGGAGGGCGAGGACCUGCAGAGCUGUUUAAUCUGUAUAGCAUGCCGAAUGCCCCGUCCACCUGUCAGUACAGAGUCCUUCAUCACCAAGCAGGACCCUACAGGGAAAAUCAUCUCUAUUGAGACGAGUGCUCUGAGGGCCACAGGCCGACCAGGUUGGGAGGACCUGGUCAGGAAGUGCAUCUACGCAUUCUUCCAGCCUCAGGGCAAUGAGCCCUCCCAUGCCAAGAAGCUGCUUCACGAGGUGAUGACCCACGGCACGGCCAUCAGUCCUCUGUACCAUUUCACACUUAGCGACGGGACGUCUCUCAGUGCGCAGACACGCUGCAAAUUCUGCUGCCCCCCAAACCCAGAUGUACAGCCCUUCAUCAUGGGCAUCCACACUAUAGACAGGGAACACAACACUGCUAGCUCUCAGGAAAACACUACCCCCAGCCUUCCGUCUCCUGCUGCCCCACCUUCCCGCUCACCUGCCCUGCAGCCCUCCAGUGACCUCAGCCUCCAUCUCAACAACAGCAAUGGCACCUGUGCCACUCCUGGACCCCCCACGCCCACUCCACCAGGCUACCUGACGCCCAGCCGCGUUGGGACAUCCCAGCAGGUCAGCAGCCCCUCUCCACUUGGCAGCCCUCUCACAGCCACCCCUACCUCAUUCAUGUCGCCCCGACCUCCACGGGGCAGCCCGGGCCUGGCCAGCAGCCCACGCGUGCCCGGCCAUCCUUUUUCCCCCUCGGCGCCCGGCAUCCACUCGCCCGCUGGCGGACUAACCAGGCAGCAGUCUGGUGGCGACAAUGUCAGUUUCUCUCUCCCCUCUCCCUUACCCCCCAGACAGACUCCGACCCCCAGCAGCUCCCCGGCCCGUCAGCCCCCGGCCAAACCGCCGGAAGCGUCCGCUGACGAGCCUAAGGCCGCUGCGGUGGGCAACCCUAAACUUAACCAGCUCUUGGACGGUGCCCCUGAACAUGACUCCCAACCCCGUCCUGCGCCCGGAGCCCAGUGUCCGGCUUCUCACAGCAGUCUGACUGAGCGGCAUAAGAUUCUGCACCGCCUGCUACAGGACAGCAGCCCUGCAGAUGGGGGCAAGGAGCCUGACAUCAAGAAGGAACCUCCGACCAGUCCCAACGCGGCCUUGGUAAUACGUGGACAUGGGAAGGAGCCCCAGGACCACCAGCUGCUACGCUUUCUCUUGGAUACAGAUGAAAAGGACCUGGAGGACUUGCCUCCUCCGGCUGCCCUCAGCCUCCAUACGGUCAAGGUGAAGGCAGAGAAGAAAGGGAGCAGAGAGAACGUGCCCUGUGCUGCUGCUGCCACCAACACCACCGUUUCUGCAGUCCCUUGCUCGCCUCAAUCCAGUGACAAGCCCAGCCCGCAGUUUCCCAGUACCGAUCUGGAGACUUUGAACAAGCUCUUGCCCACUUUGAGAAGCUCUGUGGGAGGUAAAGCAGUAGAGGAGCCCGUGCUCGUCCAGCCCAGUGAGGACAACCUUUCCAUCGGGUUGAAUGUGAAAAGAGAGUCACCAGGAACGUCAAACAAAGCAUUCCCUGAUGGAUCAAACCUCUCAAAUCAGUCCUCUUUUGAGUUCUGUGACCCCCCCACACCAAACCAGGGUCAGGUCCAGGUGCCGGAUCUUGGACAGUCGGACCCUUUUCAGCCACCAAAGGAGAGCAGCAGCCCCUUUGCCAAUCCAACCAGCCUCAACUCUUUCAACACCAACACAGGUCUGGCCAAACUGGAGCUACCUGAGUCUCAGCAGUUCCAGCCCUUGUCCCUGGUUGAACCAAUGACCUUCGAUAGCAGCUUGAGUAACCAGACACAGGCCCCUCUGUCCUCUCCUCAAGAGCAGUGUGUUCCGUGUCCGCUGGAUGAGAUGCUGUGUCCGCCCACCACUCCCGAAGGCUGUAAUGACGAGAAGGCCCUUCUGGAGCAGCUGGUUACUUUCUUGAGCCGCACCGACGAGAGUGAGUUGGCCGAGCUGGACAGAGCGUUGGGCAUCGACAAGAUCGUUCAAAGUGGGUGCCUCGAACCUGUCACUCAGACUUUUCCUCAGUCCCAACCUCCAACACCUGUACCCAUGGACCCCAAGCUGCCCAGCUACCCCUCUCAGUUUCCCACCUCGCCCUCACAGUUUCCCGCUGAGAUGGGCACGGCACAGGGCAUGAGUUUCGGGGCCCCACGGAUGGCGUUUCCAGGCAACGUGGGCAUGACGGUGAGACCUGGCAUGAAUCGAGCUCCUGGUGCGCCCAACCAGCUGCGGCUACCUCCCAACCAGCUGAGACUCCAGCUCCAACAACGUUUGCAAGGCCCGCAGCAGCUCCAGAACAGGCUUGCGGCCAUGGGCCAGUUCCCACAAGGGGGGCAUGUUGCCAUGGGGAUUCGUCAGGGCAUGCAGCAGCCUCAGAUGCCCUCUCAGCCUCCGCUCAACGCCCAGAUGAUGGCCCAACGGCAACGGGAGCUUUAUAGUUUUCAGCACCGCCAGCGGCAGCUUCUGCAACAGAAGGUCAUGCUGAUGAGGCAGGGGAUGAACACAGGACCUCUGGGGGCUCAGCGAGUUCCUAAAGGCCCCCAGCAGCAACAGCCACCAACACAGCAGCAACAGUUCGGCUUUCCUCCAGGCUACAACGCUGUGCCUGGAAACACCCCUACCUCCCCGAGCCAUUUUAACCCCAUGGGAGGACCUCUGGACCCCAAACUGCCUGCCAGGGGGGGCAUGGGAAACCAAGGCAUUAUGGGAGGCAUUCAAGGGCAGUUUGGGGGGCCUGUGAACACUCCUGUUCAGCAGGGGCUUUUCCAGCAAUUUGGGGGGUCUGGCAUGAUCCAGCAAGCUGAUCCAUCCUUCGCUCCUGAGCUUAGUCCGACCAGCCCCCUGCUUUCACCUCAGAACUCCACCUCCCAGAGUCCUUUGCUCCAGCAAGCGCAGCCUCCACCUGGUUAUCAGUCACCUGACAUAAAGAACUGGCAGCAAGGUGCCAUAGGCAACAACAGUAUGUAUAACCAGGCAGGCCAGCCUGUCUCCCAGAGCUUUGGGCAGCAAGGCGUGUAUAACAACAUGAGCAUCACCGUGUCAAUGGCUGGAGGGUCAGGAGCGGUGAGCACUCUACCUCCUAUUGGACCAUCUGUCGGCAUGGGCAACAAUAACCUUGGCAACGUCACUUCAAUGUGUAACGAUCAGGUACAGCAGGUUCAGGUGUUCGCUGAUGUCCAGUGCACGGUAAACCUGGUGGGCAGUGACUCCUACCUUAACCAGUCAGGGCCCAUCGGGUCCCAGAAGGGCCCGAGCGGGACCCCCACAGCCCAGUCUCAGCAGAAGAGCCUCCUCCAGCAGCUCCUGACCGAGUGAGCCGCCCCGCCGUCUGCCAGAGGACUAUCUCCACAUGUAGAGAUUUUUAUUCUUCACCUUUGGUUUCUAUACAGAAUAUCUGCAGGGUCGGUGUCUGGGCUCAGGCUUGUGAGGUUUCAUAGCCGUUUGUGCUCAUUCCUGGUCACCUUUUUAAACGUCUGUUUCCGGAAAGGAGAAAAGAUCACGUUCCAGAAUUUGCCAAGUCUGUAAAAAAAAAAAAAAAAAAGAAAAAGAAAAAAAAGGACCUGCUGCUUCAGCCGGCUACACGUCCUGUCGGUCAGGCCAACGUUGCAGUGCUUCUUGGAGAGCAGCGCAGCAGCUGAGCUUGGAUUGGUCGGAUUGGAAACUGGGGCAGGCUGUGUUGCUAUGUUCAUGGUAUAUUGCUCAGUUUCAGCUGGAUCUGUGACUGAUAGGCUCUCCUCAGCAGUGCCUGAUGAUGGGAGGAAUUUCCCACCUCUUUUUAUUUGUUAGUCUGUUCUGUUUGUUGUAUUUUUUAUUUUUUUUUCUCUUCGGGUUCGUUUGUUUUUCUCUGUUGUCGUUUUCAGAACAAGCAUCGCCAGGAUGGGAGACUGCUCUGUAGUGCGUAUCCGUCUGCUGCAGGCUUUCCUGGCAACACUGUUUUGAAACAGCAGACGUUUUUUUUAACAAUGUCCUACACAUUUCCCCCCUCAGCAGCUGUGAAUACGAGCCACUUAGGGUCAACUCAGCCUAUCAGUGUUGUUUGCGGCGACGUGUUGUGCAGGUUGGUAUUAUUGUACAGCACAAACGGACAAAGUUGGGACAAGCUCACACUUUGUAAUUUCCUUUAAAACCGAAACAUCAUCAAAUUGCAGGCAACUCCUGUUUCGAACUCAUCAACUUAACACCAGUUCCUUUUUAACGGCUUUGAGAAUCUGUAAUGUCACUCUUUGUUAUUUCGAAAAAGUAAUCAUCCAGGGGUGGGUCUCGCUCGCUCUCACGUAUCCAGAUGAGAGAGACUCGAAUUUUUACGAUUGAUAUUGGUUAUCGAACACCCCAGUAAAUGUUACAAACCCUCUGUUGCAUUGCACUCAGGUGCGAAAAUGUAGAUUGUACAUUGAUUUUUUCAUUAUACAGUUGAGUGUUUCAAGGAUGCUCUUCAAAACCACAGGUGCUCUCUCCCGACUGGAGGAGCGAGGUGUUGUUUUGCGCAACGUCCGCACCGUCGGCUGCAUUCUCCAGCUCUUUGACUGCUCAUGAGACUACUGUUGCCCAGUCAGACACUGUUCAUCAGCAUUAUCCUCUGUUCAUUUAUCUACCAUUCAUCCCUGAUCGAUUCGAACCCAAAAAUUCGCUAGUUUUACGUGAAACGUGCUAAUGGAAAACCAAAUUGACACGCCCACGAAAAGACUCGCUGUGGUCGAAAUCGAUGUCUCACCACGUGAGCACGAGGUAUUUCACAAUUCGUGCGACAUAAUUGGAGCACAGCUCGAAAUCGCGUUGCAUGCUCGACCGUCUCCCCUCUCACGUAUUUUCGUUGUCCUUUAACAGUGUUCUUUUGUUCGUGACUCACUUCGUGGAGUUUAAGUGCCGUGUCUUUGUGCGUGUGCUCUGUAUACAAAGAAUGGCUCAUUUUCUCCAAUGCUGCACCAGCUUAGAUUGUCCUUACCGGGGAAAAAAAAAAAAAAAAAAGUCAAAUUUCGUGAAGCAGAUUCUCAUUCGUCUACGAAAUUCAGCCGGCAGUAUGUACCGUUGAGAUCGAGCCACUUUUUGCUAUAUAUAAAUGUACAUAGACAUUACGAAAAGCGAGAUGAAUUGACAACUACAUAACAUUUACAGUAAGUCUGUGGUUUUUCAAGUUUUUGGCUCGCCGAAAAAACACAGAUGUCGUAAUUAAUAAUUUCUGCCCUCCUCUUCGGGGAACAGGCAUUUCCUGUAUAGAUAAAAUGGUUUUUAUGCAGUGGAUAAGAUUCAUUUAAUGAACCCUACCUUUCAUCACUACCGUGUUUAUGCCAAAUAUACCAAACUAGCAAACAGCGCCUAUUAAUAAUGUUUUUAUUGUUUUGUUUUCUCGUUUAUAACGGCUCUCACAGUCAGUACACAACAUUAAGGUACAAUAGAACUAUUCAGAACCUGGAUUAUCAAAGUAUUGUGUAUAUAACAGAUAAAUGUGAAUAUGUAUCUGUUCAAAAUCAACAAAAUGUAGUGCUCCGAGUUUGUGGUAAUAACUACUUGCUUCCAUUUUUUUAUUUUUUUUUUUUAUUUUUUUUUUCUUUGUUUUUCAGAUGUGUAUGGCUGUCUGAAGCGUGUAUGUGUGUGAUUAAUACUGUAUAUCUGGUGUUUAAAAUGGAAAAACAGACAAAUGUCCUGAUUUUGAUUUUCUUUUUUUUUGUUGUUUUUUUCUUUCUAUCUUUUUGUUUUUUGGAAUACCUGCAACUUUUCCUGUGGGUGUUGAGAUUGCUCUAUAUGUGAGAAUGGUUUAGCGACUGCUGAAUGUGACUUUGCUGAGGGAGAAGCAGCAUGGACUGGCUUUUGUACGGGUUAAUUUAAAAAAAAAAAAAAAAGGCCAUAUUAUUUAAUUUCUCUGUUGUCAAAGUUUAAACAGCUCUGACAAAGUGGAACCUUGGUUUGGAAACGGCACCGGCUUAUUGUCGUGGGGUUUCGUCAACUGCCUGAUGUAGUUUAUGCCAUGUGUAAACGCUCUUAAGACAAGAACGGAAAUAUGACCAAAGCUUCAAGAUACUAAAAGAUCCAUAUCAUAUGCAAGGUUCAUGCAAUUGGACAAAUGUAGCAUCGAGUUUUUCCUGAAUAGGCGUCCCAUAUAACACUACCAUUUUGUCUUUACUUUUCGGACAUUAUUCCCCUAGCUGGUUCGAUUAUUUUCAAAGACGUUCAGUAGCGAAUUUCUUCAGAUGUUCCCCCCGUUGCUACUGAUCUACCAAACAUGCAAAUGCCUCUUCGGGAGGAACUUUAGUCACUGUUUUCAGGAAGACAGAUUUCUAACCGCUAGCUAUGCACCUUUAGAGGGUAAUGAAAAGCAUUUGGCUUUUGUUAUGAAAACUGACACUCAAAACGGAUUAUUGCUUUGAACGCAGUAUUCCAGCAAUGCAUGCUAACAAAUAUCUCCUGUUUUUCCUCUUUUGUUUUUUUUUAAACUCAAGGAUAUACAUCAUUUGUAGUUCGAAACAAGUGGUUUUGAGCUACUCGGGCUAAAAACGAGAAAACCAUACUGAUGCAACUAUACUUAGAUAUUUGACUUUAUUUAGCUGGAUUCUUUAUACCAAAUUUGAGGUGCCUCUUGUACAUAUUUUCAGCAUAGAGGACUGCUCCUCACCGUUUGAUGAACGUUUUCUUGUUUAUGAGGAUUUUCUUAUAUACUGACCUUUGUAAGACUUUUGCUGUAUUUUACAUGACGUUUUUUACUAAAAAACCUAAAUGUACCAGGAACUUGCAAGGAAUACAAUCUAGUUUUGCACUUUAUACAUGAAUUACAAGGAAAGAGGCCAUGUUAAAAUCAGACUAUAGCAUCAUGUUCGGGAAAAAAAAAAAAAAAAAAAAGGAACAAAAACAAAUACCCCCUGAAUGUAUUUUCGCAAAGUGAAAUGCCAUUUCGCUUUCCUCUGAAAAAAAAUUUGAAAAACGCGUUCUCAGGUUCUUCAGGAAGAACUUGGCUUGUCAGGCCCUCACCAUUGGAUCCCUUAAAAGAGCAGGGUAGCGGAGCCUUUGCUACAUGGGUGUUUUUUCUGCUGCAGAACCGUAGAUCUAACUAUGCCUAUCUUCUUCAGGUGCUCCACCUCCCCUUUGCCCCGUCCUGUUAGCCGUUCAGACCUCCUGGCUUUAUCUUUUGAAGACAUUCCUCAUUGAACUCUGCUUUUCUGUUCAUCGCGGUCUGUACCGUAGUUCAGGCCCCGCUCGCUCAGUGCCAAGUGCUAAGAACCAUUUAUGCAAACUCGUACAAUCUGCAUUUCCUCAUAUCAUAGUAGUGAAUCCUACGUAUCGACCACCACACACUCUCCUCGUCAUUCAGAUGUCAUCUCUACAUCAUCUACAGUAGCUACUGUUUACCUGAGAUUUUUCGCAUAUUGUAAGUGCUGCCUUAUUAAUAUACAGAUAUUAGUUGUAUUGGUGAAGGGAAGUCAUGUGUAUGUAGCUCCACUGAAACGGCGCUCGUUCUUUCAAGGCAAGGUUCCACUUUUCACCUGUAAAAUUAAUAUAAAUAAACAAAUAUAUAUAGAUAUAUACAUUUUACUCAUUUUGUCCAGUUUUGUAUAAUACUUGUGAACUUUUUUUUUUUUUCUUAAGAGGUAUCAUUGCAGCUGUGUGUGGGACAUUAUGAAUGAAGAUGUAUCUGGGAGACUUCUGCAUGUUUUGUCAUGUUUUUAUUUUGUUUUGUUUUUUUGUUUUGUUUUCUCUAUAUCCAGGUUUAUCUGGAGAAUCCUACCUUUCUUAGGACGUUGUAGACAAUCAGUCACAUGCUGGGUCCAGCACCUGCAGGAUUGUCCUGCGGGCUGCAAAACUGUGUUUCGCAUCUACUGAAUCAGUCUUAUUUUUCUUGUCCAUUUCAUGGAAUUAUGUGGCUGCUCAAACUGAGAUUUGAAGUUUACACACAUACACACACACACACACACAUGCAUACACCUACACUCAGACAAACAAGAAACA